UUUAGAAAAGCGCAUUUUUCAGGUUUUAAAACAUAAUUAAACGACUUACUUGUUAGUAGAUCCGUUUCCUUUCCACUCUGCAAUCAUCGAAAAUGCCCACACUUGUAAUAUGUUCUCCGCUGGUGCUGUGAGUGGCGUUCGGGCGAGAAAACCGCUUUCCGCUGGGACGGCCUCUUCGACGGCGACGACUGGUUUUGCUGGCCAAGUGAAGCCGACGACGACGACGACGGUGCCCGUGGCGAUUUUACCACCGAACGUAAACAGCAGGCCUCAUGGCAAACUGACCGUCCGGUUUGGCGAAUUUCACGAUUCCUCAGGGAGCGGACUGCGGUGGAACAGUGGCAAAGCGUACGUGAGCGUCGAUCUGCAGCUCUUGUGGUGGGGUCAGCCUUCUGUAGCAUCCGGCGCGACAACAACCUCAACCACACUUCACUGGGAACAGGGAAACAAUCGACAGAACCGCGCCAGCGAGGCCUUGUACGAAGUGCGCACCAAUCCGGAACUGUUUCGGCGGUAUUUGAAGAGCUGUGAGCCGGUGCGUGUGCGGCUCGUUUCGACCCGCACGCAAACUCUCAUCGGAACGGCGCAGGUGGCGAUUCCGGGCAAAUUUACCAACCUCCGGGAGCCGGGUGAUCAACCGCUAACAGCACAAGUCCGCGGGGAAGUACUCUCUGUGCGCGGAUUCUGUCUCGGUGAGCUUUGCCUUGAACUAACACUCGAAUUUGACCGCAAAGGCAGCGUUGGCAGUGCUUCCACUGUAACUUCCAAGGGUACCACCGCCGAGGAAGAGAAAGAAAAUACGAAAAUGAUUCUCGUGGAAUCGAACUCAAUCGGUGUCCCUGGGAUGCCGUCACUGGCUGUCGAAGGGAAACCAGCUUCACUGCACGAAUCAUCACAACGAUCGCAGACAGCGGCGGCCAAAAAGCGGUUCCACACACUCGAUCAAACGUCACGCCAGAGGAUUCUGGACUAUCUGACCGGUAAACCGAUCGACGGAGACGAUGGAUGCACCUCCGAGCUGUCCGCCCUCAGCGAAAUCUGUUCAAUCUCACCAGCGGAAAGCAUGCUGGAAGCGUUGGCUCGCUACGAUCGAGCAGCGGAACCCGGCAAGCACUCCUAUCUCAGGACUGUCGACUGUGUCCGGGUGCUGGUGGAAAACCUUAAGUUUACGCGCGCCGGCCAGAAGGAAAUUCAGCACCGUGCCCGACGCCAGGAGUUGGCCAUGUACGGUGCCAGCUUCGUGGUUCGAAUGAAACUGACGGAAACGGGAACGAAAACGGCACCAACGAUCACGCGGUUGAAAUUUUGCUCCACUGCCGCAAGCGAAACGGAAGUCACGUUCGAUGGUCAGCCCCAGCAGGCACGAUUAAGUCUUCCGGAACUAGGCAACGGUCGCCAUGGUGAUGCGUGCUUCGAGUUUGGUGUGCACCUAAACGUCGGUAGCUUCUACAAGGCGCGCCUAUUCUAUCUUGGUUCUGCUCAGAUCACACUGCAGGAGCUGAUUGCCGGUCGUCUGGCGUGUUACAAGCGGUGCCCGAUCCGACUGGCUUCCGAUGAUAUACUGCUCGGUACACUCACGGUGAGAUUGGAGCUUGGCAAACGGGGUCUACACUUUGGUCCGGAUCUGAUCGAUGCUGUGCUGAUCGAUGGUGGCAAUGUUACACUCGAGGAGACAGAGGGGGAGGAAUCGGAAGCAAACGAAGAUCGAAGCGUUACUCCGGAAGCAACCCCCGCGUUGGUGCAUUGCGCACGAAGACAUCUGUCACCGUCCGUCUGUUUCGAUCAUUGCCAUCAUGAAAAGGUGUCGGAUCGUUUUGCAUGCCGCAUGAUGAUGUGCAGAGCGGCCGUGGCUGCCUGUACGGGAGACAAUCAGAGUCCCUCAGAGAGCAGGGACCAGGACUCAACCGGUAAUGUGCAACCUUCAGCCAACGGGGUGAAUCAGGAAAACACGCAAGCCCCAACAAACGGCACAGAGCAAGGUAACGCAUCCGAUGGUCAAGGGUCGAGCGAACAGCAACAGCAACCGAAACCAAUGGAAACCGAUGGCAGCAGUCCGGGUGGCGAACAACCGAAGUUGCUCCAUGGCUUGCUAUAUCUCGGGCAGCUGAAGGAACGCGCGCAACCACCCGAGCAGCACUUUCUCGUCUGCCAUCCGUUCUGGAGCGAAGAACCAUCGACGCUCUCCUCGGAGCUAUGUCAACCGGAGGGCGAUUUCAACUAUCUCCGUACCUUUCCCGUGCUUCCCAGCAACGAGUUUCUGGAGCGUGUCCGGAAUCAGCACAUGCGGGUGGAACUCUGGCAGAAGGCACCGGGCGAAGCGGAGAAGCUGGUCGGUUUGGCACGACUUCCGCUCCAUCAGUUCUACAUCGCGUUCCGGGAUGCGCAGCUGAGCGAACAUCUGACACAUGCACGGCUGCCGGUCAUUUCGAUCGAUGGUUGGACGAGUAUAGGAUCUCCACUGGCAGCGGAACCGUGCGGUCAACUGCAGGCAGUUCUUGCGAUCGGAACCGAAAGUCAGAUCGAUCUGUUUCGUGCCUCACGCCAACUGCCACUGCACACCUCCGGUGAUGUGCCGCGCACGAACCAGCGCUCCGUGAUCGAUCAACCGAAUGAUGGCAACGGCUAUACGACGAGAUCGGUCCAGGGCCAUAAGCAGAUCCCAUCUGGUUGCGGUGGAGGCUGUGCCAAGCAACCGCAAACCUCCGAGGUGGCCAACAUGCUAUCGGCUUUCAUCGAAAACCUGGCCCAACGCUUACCGAUUUCAUCCGAGCGAAGCACAGCCCCUAGCUUCGACCACAACAGUUCUCUCUCGGCCGGAACAGGCGGUCAGGCGGAACCACCCCUCUCGGGGUCACCUCACUCACAAGCGAACCGUCCGCAGCUCCGUAAGACGGCCGAUCUGCUCGACAAUCUCCAGAAAGCGCUCGCCCAACGACCAUCAGCGGCCAUGCUCGACGGGAUGGGAAUGCUGGCUGGGUUAGCGGGCGCUGGUCGACCGACUUCACUCCUUGCUGGUGCGACCACACCAGCCGAUCAGACACCGCCAGCCGCCGGUACAGAUGAAACGCCGGUUACAAGUACUGGUGGAACUCAACCUCCACCGGUGACCACAGACGAGCACCGUCAGGCCGGCCAGGUAGCCGAUGAACACCCGGAACCGGCCAGCAGUAGCGACGCAUCCGUCGGUACGGAUACAGAAGAGCACAAACUCAUACGACUGUCGAUCGAAAUCGAGCGAGCCGUUAACCUGCCGAAGCUGACGAUCAGCAAAAAGUACGCCAAACGGCACAAGGCCCGCCCCUCGCACUCGGUCCCGGAGGCACUGCUGCUCGAACCGAGCGCUUACGCAACGUUCGAGGGUCACAAUCUGAAGCUUGGAUCACCCAACACGGUGAAAUCGCACGAAGGUAUCGUCUACACGACGCACGUGAUUGAGCGCAGCUGUGCGCCCGGUUGGCAGAAGCGCUUCGAGGUGCAGCUUCCGAGUGACCUGAUGACGAACGAUGAGAAGCGGUUCAUUGUGAAAGUUUGGCGUAAGGCAGCGCUCAGUGAUGCCCCCAAGUGUCGGUUACUGCCGGCACCGAUGGAGGACGCCGUUAUUGGUUUCUGUGCGAUCGAUCUCGCUCUGCUGCUGUCCGGACUGUCCAGCAUCAUGGGUUGGUACAACAUUAUGGACUUUUCCGGUCGCUGCAAUGGCCAGAUUAAGAUCUGCAUAAAACCUUUGGAGGAUGUCCAACCGUUCAAAGUGACCGGCGAGCAGCAGCUCAGCAACUUCCGGUUACCGCUUUCGAUCGAUGUUGACUGUGAACCGGCGGCCCUCGGACUGGACGCAUCCUGCAACACAUCCCUGAGUCGCGCUUUGAAGCGUAAGUUCACGGAGCUGGAAGAAAUCACGGAACGAUUAAAAGCACGUCUGUUCGAUGUGACUGGGGACGACAACGAUGAUGACAUCGAUGGCGGGGAUGAUGAUGGUGCGAUCGAUCCGGACGAUGAGUUCGAGCGUGAUCUCAACACGGUCGCCACCGAAGAUGACGAGGACGACGACGAGGAGGAGGAUGAUGAAUCCGGUAAUGGUUUUGCUGGUGGUGGUGCUGGUGGCCGUCUACCAUGGUCGGCGGCGGCAGGGAUUGGCGAUAGUGAUCAGUUUGGUGAUACUUCGAACCGGAAACGCAACAGCCAGUACCCGAAUGGUGCGAUGACACGUACGACCAACACCUCCUCCUACUCGAUGUGUGCUACGGAUCGAAGCAGUCUGACUGGUUGCUCGAACCGGGACUCACCACGACAGGCCACAUCCAGCAGCAGCAUCAUCGGCAAACGUUCCGCAACCGCCACAUCACAGAUGCAGCUAGAGCAACUGCUACAAUCGCACGACAUCGAAACGCUGAUCAAUCCAGCCAUACUUAAGAAUCUACUGCAUCCCUCGAUCGACUCCGAGUCGACUCCGGAGCUUGGCGGUGGAGAGGAAGAGGACGGUGGUGGUACCGGUCCCGGGACCGAUGCAGACAUGCAGAGUGAUGACUCGUCGUGCGUUACCGAUCCAAGCCAAGCACCAACGGCUGGGAACGAUCGAGUGAAGCAAAUCGCUAAGGCCCUCCAACGGACCACUAUUUCCGAUGCGACACGUUCCGGUGGUGAUGAUGUGAUGCAGUUGCCACCGGGCGAAGCCACCACCGUCAGGUGUCGUGAAGCACCGGAAGGAGAACCGAUGAAGGACGUUAGCAAAUGAGCGAUCGAGUUGUUCGAGCUGGUUUAUGCUUUCUUACGUGACUAUAGGAACGAACACACAAUUUUAUCAAACCCCUUUGAUUAAGCUUCCGCUCUCGAAUGCUUUAGAGUAGUGUGGCCGGGAUGUGGGGCCGAGCGAGCGCCAAGAAUUUUGCUCGAUUCUUUACGUACGUAUGAUAACUGAUUGACUAUGCUACAUCUACAUUGUGUCCCAUCAUGUUCUCUCGCGAGUAAUAAAUCUCACAAUAUCUCGUCAA